AUGAUUAAAUCUGCUUCAGGUUGGUAUUCAAAGAAAUUGAAAAUAGCCAUCACCGAUGAUGUGCGGCACCCAAUGCCACCUCAAUAUCUUAAGCAACGCCUUACAGAACAACAACCAAAGGUUAAACUAAAUAUUAUGCCAAAAGUAUUCAAAGUUAACGGCAGUAUUAGUGUUCACUGCGAGUCUAAACUAGUGGUCGGCAAACAAAGUCUAGUAUCGCUAUCACUGACCAAGGACAAACACGCAUUCGCUACUCUUAACAUGUUUGGUCAAAGGUCGUUUGAUAGAACUCAAGGAGUUAGAAAUAUAACCUGGUUGCAAUCAUCUACACAACCGCCAAUAGUGCAUGUUAAAAUAGGAAAUGCUACCAGGCUAACUUCGGGAAUGUAUAGAUGCGAACUCACGUAUAGGAAUACGACCAGCGGACUUAGUUUCAACUCCUAUUCAAACUAUAUGGUUUUACGCAAUACGGGCACCUCGGGAAUAGAUAUAAAAAUAUAA